GAAAUGCAUCGUUUGCCUGUCACUGGUGCUGCUGUUUUUCGCUGUCGCGAUUUUUCAUUCAGGAUUUGUGUGUGAAUUCUCUGCUGAAACUAAAUACCUGCGAAGAUGUCCGAAUCGCGAAUCCCGAAGCCGGUGCUGCGCGGUCUUCACAAUGCCACCAUCAAGAAGAACCUGAUUGUGUCCGGUGUUCUGUGCACGAUCGCGGUCGUGGCGAUGAAGGUGAUGCACAAUGACCCGAAAGUGCGGGACUACGCUGAGUUCUACAAGACCUACGAUGCCGACAAGGCUUUCCAGCGCAUGAAGGACGCCGGGCUGUUGCAGUCGGUGAAGAAUUAGAAUCCUUUAUUCGCUCUAGAGACAUGCGGCAUAGCAAUGGGAAGAGGAUGGUGUUGUGGCUAUUAUUUUUGCAGUAAGGCUGGUUCUAACCGGCAGAGAGAGUAAAAUAAAUUCAGUUCAAAACCGA